ACUAUGUUUGAAAAGGUCCAUUCGAUGCUUCCUGGAAUCCUUCACUGCGGUAUUAGCAUAAUUGGCGGGAAAAGUUUACUUCGAGCUCUGAGCACACAUCGGAGAGGUCUCAGGAUGUCGAAAAGGAAAAGUUCCACAAAAGAUGCAGAUUCAAAAGAAGAAACAAUGACAGAUGCCAUACUCAGUAAGAUUUCGGAUGACUUUCUUGAGUGUACAAUCUGUCUGGAGCCCUUUAAAGAUCCCAGAGUGCUGCCGUGUCUUCACACCUUCUGUGAGGGCUGUCUGAAGAAGUUUGUUGCACAAGAUAAGGUGAAGAGCAAGUUUUCUUGUCCCACAUGUCGGACGGAAACUGUGCUUCCCAAAGGUGGAGUUCCCAGUUUCAAAAACAACUUCUUUGUCCAAAGCUUGAGUGACACAGUUCAGACCCAUAAGACUUUGGUUAGCAAGGAGGAUGGCAAAGUGCAGUGUGAUGUCUGUGAGGAAGAAGUGGCUAGCCAAGGCUGUGUCGUCUGUGAAGAGUUCUUGUGUGAUGAAUGUGCAUGUGCCCACCACCGUGCCAAACGUACCCGCAGUCAUGAAGUCAUCGGCGUGGCGGAGCUGAAAAAGCAGCUGAUCACGAAGGCGGGAUCGCUCAAGUCAAAAUCACUGCCAACAUGUCCAAAACAUGACGACGAAAAGUUGAAGUUCUACUGUGAGACGUGCAAGCACCCCAUCUGCCGAGAUUGUUGGGUACUGCAGCACAAGGAUCACAAGUAUAUGUACCUGCCAGAUGCAGCUGGUAGUGUCCGGGAAGAGAUCAAGGGAAAACUGGAAGCAGCCAGGCAGAAGAUAGCAGAAUACCAAGACAAGGCAAGCACUGUAGCCAAGAAGCAAGCUGAAUUGGACACGAGGAGUAAGAAAGCUGAAGAUGAUAUUGAUGCAGCUGCAGAGGAAAAGAUCAAGCAGUACAUCAGGAGCAAGCAGACUGAACUAAAAGAAAAGUUAGCCUCCAUCACAGCAACCCGUUCCAAGCAGCUCUCUGCUACAGCAGACAGUGUUGAGAGCUCUUUAGGUUGUCUGUCCAGCACAGUGGAAUUCUCACAGAAGGUUGUUGAACAUGGCAGUGACUUUGAUGUCCUGAACAUGUACUCUGAUGUCACAGCACGGCUAGAGUCUCUGCUGGAUGGUCCAUCCCCAGACAUUCCUGACGACAUCAGCUACGUCAUGUUUGAUCCAAGGAAAGAGAAAGGAGUUAUUCUUGGCAACGUUGUGGAUAAGGAAGUGCUGGAGGAAGAAGAGUCGCGAGCUGAGGCAACCUUUCGUUUCACGAUUGAGGACUUCAGCAAAGUCGAGGAUAUUAAGCUUAGUCCUGCAACAAUCAUCCAAAACCUGCCUUGGAUGAUAGUGGCAGGGAAUGAACAAACACCAAACAGCCAGCUAGCAAACACUAAGACUCUUUGCUUUUACUUGAAGUCCGACGCAGACUCCAAAGGCUUGUGGUCCUGCCGUGCUUCGGUGGAAUUUCGGUUGAUACCACAGAAGAUAGGAGUAGCGACAUAUCAAAAAGAGUCUGAGCACAUCUUUUACAAGCAAGAGAGAGAAUGCGGGUUCCCAAACUUUAUGCCAUGGCAUGAGGUGUGUGACCCACAGAAGGGAUAUAUCAAGGAUGACAAGAUAAUACUUGAGGCUUACGUGAAAGCAGAAGCUCCUCGUGGUGAGAAGGAACUCAUCCUUUCCAGCAUUGACGAUGAAGAAAUGCAGGAGAAAACCGAGGGAGGACACACCUCGCAGCCUGAGGCAACGUUUCGUUUCACGGUGAAGAACUUCAGCAAGGUCAUGAGAAGCAAGGUCAGUCCUACAGUGUUCAUCCGAAACCUACCAUGGAAAAUAGCAGUUUAUCCUGAAGACAACCAGGAAUCCAACAGUAAGACUCUUGGAGUCUACCUGCAGUGCCAUGCCGACUCUGUAAGUGUGUGGUCCUGCAGGGCAUCAGUUGAGCUCCGGUUGAUUCCUCAGAAGGAAGGCGUGGAGGUGCUCAAAGUAGAGUUUGAACAUGUCUUCUACUGUGAUAGCUACAACUGGGGGUUCCCAGACUUCAUACCUUGGGAUGAGGUAUGUAAUCCAAUAAAGGGAUACAUCAAAGAUGACACGGUUAUUCUGGAAGCUUAUGUGAAGGCAAAUGUUCCUCGUGGCAUGAAGGAACUCAUCAUUGGCAACCUUUUCAGCGAAGAGGUACUAGAGAAGGUGGUGGACAAAGAGGAUGAGUCACGAGCUGAGGCAACUUUUCGUUUCACUGUGGAAAACUUUAGUACGUUUACGGUCAAGACAUGGAAACACAGUCCUAUAGCAUUCAUCCGCAAUCUGCCCUGGAGGAUAGGGGCUUGGGCCAAUCAUGAUCCUGACAGCCAGCUGCCCAACAACAAGAGCCUUGCUGUCCAACUAGUCUGCGACGCCGACACCAACAGCAAGUGGUCUUGUCAUACAUCAGUUGAGUUUCGUUUGAUACCGCAGACGUCCGAUGCACAGAUUCAUAGUAUGCAGUUAGAGAAUGUCUUCUACAAUGAUGAGUAUCAGUGUGGAUUCGACAAAUUCAUGCCGUGGCACGAAGUGUGCGAUCCACAAAAAGGAUACAUUAAGGAUGACAAGAUCAUACUGGAGGCUCACGUAAAAGCAGAUGCUCCUCAUAUCUUUGCGUGUGGGCCUAUGAGAUUUGGUUAACCGACAGAUUGAGAAAGAUCUAGGGGUGUUGAAACAGGAACAAAGCAAAAGAAGAAGAAACAAAAGUGUGGCAUAGGACUUCACCAACCCCAAAAUCAAGAGUAAUGUCUUGCUAACUGUAGUGUAUACUUUCUGCACUGAUUCCAGAAAAUCUUAACCCUUGUCCUGCUGAGCCUGUAUAUAGUAUACGGGAUGGAUAUAUACAAUGCCUGCAUGUGGGUCCAGUAUCUAUACAGGUUUGGUGUUCUCACAUAUAUGCGGCAUACUGCAGCAAACCACAGUACUGCAGCAGCACAGAUUAGGUCUAGUUUUACUGAUCAGCUUUCACAAGCUUAGGGGGGAUUGGUAAAACAUUCUCAGCAGGAUAAGGUUCAUAAUCAAUGCAGACUUAAGAACUCAGAGAAGACUUUGUCAUUACCAAAAUUCAGACUCAGUACAUUCCUUAGUUACAGUGUGUUAAUGUAGUCAAGGAUGAUACAGAAAUGUUAGAACCAUUGCAAGUUACAAGAGGCUGCAGAUGGCAGCCUUAAAUGCAUAUACAUGUUGUAAUAAGCAUUUAUCAGUUGACAAGAUGACUUUGCUGUUAACAACCAAAAUGAAUAUUUUACACAGUCUAGAUCAUGGCACAAUUACUGACUGGUUAUAUCCAAGAUUCUUAAAGUUGAUUUUGAAUGAGAAACCACAACACAGGUCCAUUUAUUAGCAAAAAAGAAAUCAUAAAACAAAAGGAUGACAAAUUGACCUAACUUCUGAUUUUAGCUGACAUUUUGUAAGUGACUUUGUGUUAAAUUUGAACCACAUACUUGAAGGGAAAGCAGAAGCAAGACUAUUCAACACAGUGUGAUAUUUUUUCAUAACAUUCCAAAGUUUCACACGUUUUCUGAUUUCCAAAAUAUUUGCAUCAGACUUGUUCUCAUGUCAUGAACAAUGUGACUGCUUUGUGACUGACUACUUUAUUAUAUUAUAGCAGAUCUACAUAGAGAAUUGUUUUGACAUUUUCUGAGAUAGAAUAUAGGACAGACAGAAAACAAGUUUUGCAUUUUAACAUUUCUACUUUUUUACUCAAUAUGUAAACUUGUGGUUAUGUGGAUCUAAACUCUUCUAACACAUAAUAUUGAAAGGUAGCCAUUAUGUAGUUUUCUGGCCUUGUUGUGCCAAUUUGUUACAAUAUUAACAACUAACCACCUUGCAUUUAGUUGAUACAUUUGUUUUCACCCAUGGUACUAUUUACAAUGUUCUACCAAAUGUUACAUUUAUGUUGAGACUGAACUAUAUUCGUUGUUACAACUAUUUUCUUUUAUUAAAAAAUGUAACAUUGA